AUGCACUCGUAGACUGGAGUGUAGCCGUGAGGGCCAGGCCAACCACUGGCUGUGGAGCUGCCAGCCUGCCAACCAGCCUGCCAACCAGCCUGCCAACCAGCCUGCCAACCAGCCUGCCAACCAGCCUGCCAACCAGUGUGUGACUGUCCAGAGCCUAAAGCCUGCCAUCCAGAGCAGAGAGGAGAAGACGCAGGUGUCUCUAACAGUGGCCCAGCUGCCCACCCUGUCAGAGGAGGAGUCUCUUUCCUGCUCCUUCGGAACCCUCCCCCCUCAGCCAGCCAUCGUCAAGGGAACCACCAUCACCUGUCAAUCACCCCUGCCUGAGCUCCUCCCACCCAGCCCACCAGGAAGUGACCACAUGUCUCUGCGUGUGUCCGUGAUGUUCAGAGACGUGACCAUCUCGAGCAGUGACAUCAUCUUCUACGACUGUCGAGCUGUGGGCCAACUCAACACCACCUCCCCGUAA